CGUAUCGUUCCCCGCAGCAGCCGGGUCUCGUCUCGUGUCGUCACUUCCUGCCGGAAGUGCUGUGGGAGAAGCGGAAGUCGGUGUGUCUGUGACCGGGCGACACGGCGGCCCGGGCGGGAGGCGGCGGCGGCGGCGCGAUGUCGGCCAGCGCCGUCUACGUGCUGGACCUGAAGGGGAAGGUUCUUAUCUGUCGGAAUUACCGCGGAGAUGUGGACAUGUCAGAGGUGGAGCAUUUUAUGCCAAUCCUUAUGGAAAAGGAAGAAGAGGGGACGCUUUCUCCUAUUCUAGCACAUGGAGGAGUUCGUUUUAUGUGGAUUAAACAUAACAACCUAUAUCUUGUUGCAACUUCUAAGAAAAAUGCUUGUGUAUCACUGGUGUUUUCAUUUUUAUAUAAAGUAGUUCAGGUUUUUUCUGAAUAUUUCAAGGAGUUGGAAGAAGAGAGCAUUAGGGAUAAUUUUGUUAUUAUUUAUGAGUUGUUAGAUGAGCUUAUGGAUUUUGGUUAUCCACAAACCACUGAUAGUAAAAUUUUACAAGAGUACAUCACUCAGGAAGGUCACAAACUUGAAACUGGAGCUCCGCGUCCACCUGCCACUGUUACGAAUGCUGUUUCAUGGAGAUCAGAAGGGAUAAAAUACAGGAAAAACGAAGUGUUCCUGGAUGUUAUAGAGUCUGUUAACCUUUUGGUCAGUGCCAACGGAAAUGUAUUACGGAGUGAGAUAGUUGGAUCCAUUAAAAUGCGAGUCUUUCUCUCGGGAAUGCCAGAGCUGCGCCUUGGUUUAAAUGACAAAGUUCUCUUUGAUAAUACAGGCCGUGGCAAAAGUAAAUCAGUAGAACUGGAAGAUGUGAAGUUUCACCAGUGUGUUCGUCUCUCUCGCUUUGAAAACGACAGGACAAUUUCUUUCAUUCCGCCUGAUGGAGAGUUUGAACUCAUGUCAUAUCGUCUUAAUACCCACGUAAAACCACUGAUCUGGAUUGAGUCUGUGAUUGAAAAACACUCGCACAGCCGCAUCGAGUACAUGAUCAAGGCAAAAAGUCAAUUUAAGCGUAGAUCAACUGCCAACAAUGUGGAGAUUCACAUUCCAGUUCCAAACGACGCAGACUCGCCAAAGUUUAAAACCACUGUUGGAAGUGUCAAAUGGGUUCCAGAGAACAGUGAAAUUGUCUGGUCCAUUAAAUCUUUUCCAGGUGGAAAAGAAUACCUGAUGAGAGCUCACUUUGGACUUCCAAGCGUUGAAGCUGAAGAUAAGGAAGGAAAACCUCCCAUUAGUGUAAAGUUCGAGAUUCCAUAUUUCACCACUUCAGGAAUCCAGGUUCGCUACUUAAAGAUAAUUGAGAAGAGUGGCUAUCAGGCUCUCCCGUGGGUUCGUUAUAUUACCCAGAAUGGAGACUACCAGCUUCGAACACAGUAAAACACCUCGCAAGCACCACAGAUGACAAAACUUCAGGCCUAGAAUUUGUUUGCAGAAGCUUCUGUGGUACUGAGAGCUGUGAACGUUGUUGCCAAGGGUCUUGUUUCUGCAAUCUUGGAUUGGCAGGAGAAAGAUUGGAAAAUUAGUGUUUUCAAUAAUGUGUUUGAGCAUUUGAACCAUUAGUAUUGAUUGUGUGAAUAUUUAUUUCAUUCUUAGAACAUGCUGAUCUUGCUGCUAAAUGCUAAUUACAUUAGGAGUAGCAGUUACCUUGAGGAGCCAGGAAUAUAGAAUGAACCAUGAGAAUCUCUUGUCAAUGCCUUGUCUGUUACAUUCGCAAAGUUUCUAGUAUUUGUAUUUUAGGAUCUCUAAAGACAUUGGCAGCAUUAUGCUACAAAUUAGGGAGACAAUUGUGCAAUUAAAUGACUGCUGAACACUUAGUUGUAUUUA